GGCUGGAGAGACGAACACCGCUGUAAAUAAAUACCACGACCACUGAGGCCGGAGCGACAUGGAGAACCAGUGCACAGUGCAGGUGAAGCUGGAGUUGGGCCACAGAGCCCAGCUAAGGAAGAAAGUGACAUCGGAAGGUUUCACCCACGACUGGAUGGUGUUUGUCCGAGGGCCAGAGACCGGCGACAUCCAGCACUUUGUAGAGAAGGUUGUCUUCCGCCUGCACGAGAGCUUCCCCAAACCCAAAAGAGUAUGCAAGGAGCCUCCAUAUAAAGUGGAGGAGUCGGGCUACGCAGGCUUCCUCAUGCCUAUUGAGGUCUACUUCAAGAACAAGGAGGAGCCCAAAAAGGUGUGUUUCAACUACGACCUAUUCCUUAACCUGGAGGGCAACCCCCCAGUUAACCACCUGCGCUGUGAGAAGCUCACCUUCAACAACCCCACCAAAGAAUUCAGGAGAAAGCUGAUCAAAGCUGGAGGGGUAUUGGUGGUUCCAGAGGGGGCUGAAGCAAGACCCAAUCCAGAUUACCCAAUGCUCCCCACCAUCCCCCUCUCAGCCUUUUCAGACCCCAAGAAGACCAAGACCUCUCACGUGUCAAAGGAACCCAGCAAAGAAGGAAGCGGUGGAAGCAAGGGACCGAAACCACACAAGGUGACCAAGGAGCAUCGCGAACGACCCCGAAAAGACUCUGAGAGCAAAGCCACGUCGAAAGGAGACAACGACCGAGAUGGAAGCAGCAAGAGCGGCCGAGAUCCUUCCUCUUCCUCAUCCACGUCUUCAAAAAAGCCGCCAGAGAUCAAAGUGAAGGAGGAAGUGAAGGUCCUACCCAAGGCGGCAUUCAAGGAGCCUAAGCUCACCCUGAAGGAGUCAAAGAUGGAGGGCAUGUCCCCUAAAGGAGGGGGGGCUGGGAGUGGAGGGGGCGGUGGGGGAGGAGGGGGAGGCGGGGGCGGGGGAGGCCCAGUAGAAUCCAAAGCACCGGGGAAACGACCCGCCACUGUGGAGUCUCCCAAACCCAGUGCCAAGAAGCAGAAGAAGGCCAGCUCUGAGGGGCCGAAGGGGCCGGGAGGUGGAGCUUUCACAGGAACCUCUCCUCGCGUCUCCUCAUCGUCUGCAGCGAACCAGUCCUUCGCCGAGAAGAAACCCUCCAAGGAAAAGGGUCGCUGGGCCAGAGGCAAAAAUGACACACAGGAGCUGAAGGAGCCCAAGAAAGUUCCAGAGUCAGAGGAGUCGAAUUCAGAAGAUGAAGCCUCUUCAAAGUCAGAGCAGUCGGCCCCUUCCAGUCCUUCCAACUCCAGCUCUAGUUCUGACUCCAGUUCAGACUCAGACUUUGAGCCGGGACAGAAACCAGGGCAAGGCCCAUUAAGAUCCAUGGUGGAGGAGAUCCAGUCAGAAGAGUCGGAUGAUGAUGACAGCAGCUCGGAGGAGGAGACCCCCAUCAAGACGAACCCCCCCAACCGUGACUCUCGACUCAGCCUGGACAGCGAGAGUGACAGCAGUGAAGGCUCGCACCGCCCCAGUCGAGACCCCGCCCCGCCCCCACAGAAACACAUCUCCUCCAACAACAAAGUUUCUGGCAGAAAGAGUCCAGAUUCCUCUUUCCGCUCAGAGAAGGUGUUGAAGAAGGGAUACGACAAGGUAGGAAGGGCCUACACAGAGGAACUGGUGGACCUCCAUCGCAGACUGAUGGCUUUAAGAGAGCGUAAUGUUCUACAGCAGAUUGUCAACCUGAUCGAGGAGACGGGCCACUUCAACGUGACCAACACCACCUUUGACUUUGACCUCUUUUCACUGGACGAGUCCACUGUCCGCAAACUACAGAGCUACCUGGAGGCGACGGCCACGUGACAGGAAGUGGACGCCGGCGUGUGGACGGCAGCGGCGGCGGGAGUCCACUCGCCACCUACUCUCCUCUCGCAGGCGAGCUGACGAGUGGUCACAGCGGACGCAGCUGUUUCACAGGUCUGACUGAAACAUUGAACAACUACCACACGGACAGAAACACACGAGCACACAUGAAGACACACCACUCUCACGUGACGCCCGGGAGG